UAUCUACGAUGCCGGUUCCCAACAUUCGCUACGGGUCAAUUCUGUUUCUAUUCUUUCUUGGUGCAUACCUUUUUUGCCGGGGCUUUUUUCUGCAUCGAAACCUUUCGAUGAAAAAGUCAGACUGUCAUGACCUCAGAGACUUUCACAAUAUCCAGCUUCAAGGGCUAUGUUGGAGCGAGCCUCGUUUCAACCGUACAGUCAUACUGAUUAUUGAUGCGUUAAAAUACGAAUUUACCGUCACUGUCGACGAUAUCCACGCGCAUUGGGCGAACAAAAUGCCAAUUUUUGAACAACUUCGUUUUCGCUAUCCACAAUCAACAUAUCAUGCGCGUUAUGUCGCCGACUCGCCUACAACGACUCUUCAGCGACUGACGGCUCUCAUGACCGGCGGAAUGCCAACAUUCAUCGACGCUGCGACAAACUUUUAUCAAACGGCAAUCAUUGAAGAUAACCUAAUUCGUCAGAUGGCUGACAAUGGCAAACGAAUAGUGUUUCUUGGAGAUGACACUUGGAUGAAUCUCUUACCCGGCGCUUUCCACCGAAGCUAUCCAUUCCCGUCUUUUGUUGUACACGACCUCCACACAGUUGAUGAUGGUAUCAUCUCGCACAUCUACGAUGAACUAGCCAAGUCCGAUGUUGACAUUUUGAUUGCGCACUUCCUUGGCGUCGACCAUUGCGGACACUGGCAUCAUCAGGACCACCCAGAAAUGGCCAGCAAACUUAGUCAAAUGAAUCGGGUCGUUGCAAACAUAAGCAGCCAAUUACAUGAAACAGACUUACUUAUAGUCCUUGGAGAUCAUGGAAUGACGCUGUCAGGCGAUCACGGGGGCGAUGCUGAGGAUGAGAUCACGGCAGCUUUAUUCAUGUAUGCGCCUGGUGGUGCUGCUACGACUGCAGCAUCAGGUAAAACUGAUGGAAAGGCUUCACUGUCGCAACCUCUUGUGCGGCACGUUGAGCUAGAUGAAUCCAAGGUGUCGCAGAUAGAUUUAGUGCCUACCCUAUCGUUGCUUCUUGGGCUGCCUAUACCAUUUUCAAGCUUAGGCCGUGUCAUAGAACCUUUGUUCAUUUCACAACCACCUCUGGGCAACGAACUUAUUGCCCUAUGGAUCAAUGUUCAACAGGUCCAACGUUACGUCAAUGUUUCAGGUCAUUUACUGAAACUGCUACCACAUACCCAUAAAGCCCAUCAGCUUAACCGGCUAUGGGAUGUUCUCGCAGUUAAUUUCAACGAUUCGCUCAGUGCCACUUCAUUACACCGUGCCGCCACGAAGUAUUUAAGUCAGGUACAAGCUGUCGCUCGGAGUGUGUUUACCGUAUUUAACAUACCAUUCAUGGGCCUCGGACUUCUGCAUUUGUCAGUUGCUACUCUUAUCGCAGUCUUGUCUGCGAGGAAAGAUGCCUUUAGUAACAGCAACAACAAUAGCAAUUCGAUAGUACCGCCCCCUGAGUUCUCUGAAAAAGCGAUGUACAAUUGGGUGGUUAUCCUAACAACUGGGGUAUCGUGUCUGGGCUAUUUCUCAAAUAGCUUUAUUAUUAACGAAGACCAAGCGAGCUUAUACUUCCUCCAGGGUUUAGCUGCCCUUGCGAUGGUCGCAAGUCGUCACAACUGGUGUAACUUACUGGUCAUAAUCGCACUUAUGGCAGCCAUACGAAUCUUUACACCGUACGGCUGGAUAUGCCGUUAUGAGCAGGGAUGUCAGCCGGAUGCUAGACUUGAUGAGCACAUCAUGGAUCCGCUCGGUGUAAUAAUCGCAGUGGUUUGCGUCGUUGCUCUGGUUGGAGUAGCUAUCUGGUGCAUAAAAACUGGUUUUAAAGAUCCCGGAAGCUAUGCAAACUCUAUCGGAGCUCAGACGAUAACUGUACUACUAAAUGUUGGUGCCUGCUGUUUGCUUGCCUAUUGGUUCUUGCAUAUACAGGAUCAAGCGAAAUUGAAAGCUUUUGGCAAUUAUAAAGAACACCUGCCAAACGCAAGUUUCUUGUGUCUUUUAGGCCUUCAACUAGCACUCGUAUUACACCGAAAGUAUGCGAUGGAUCGGGUAACGCUGCGUCUGAAUUACGUAUUGUUGCAUGCCGUUGGGUUAACGUUAAUGUUAAGCGUCUACACGAGUCCAUCUCGAGUACCUUCAUUAACAGUUGCUACAGCCUGCCUUUUGCUUAUGCAUAUUUAUAGGGCAGUUCCCGAGGAGUUAGAGGGCGCUUUAGCCGUAGCGCUGAUGUCGAAUGUUUUCUUUGCAACGGGGCAUCAACACACAUUCCAACAGAUUCAAUGGAGGGCGGGUUUUAUUGGUACAACAGGAAAUAGUCUCGUGUUGCCAGGUAUUCGCGUUAUCCUGAACACAUUUAGCGGCCACAUUCUGAUUGCCUUUCUUUUACCAUCAGUGUUGAGACGGGGCCUCCCUAAAAGCUCUUUUGUAGCAAUUCUUCUCCUUCGAAUGACGUCACAGUGCUUCAGCUGCUUCAUUCUGCGGCAGCAUUUGAUGCUGUGGGCUGUGUUUGCUAUGAGACUUCUAUUUGCUAUUGUGGAAUGCUUCGUCCUUCUUUUAGGUGUAACGUUAGGUAGAAUCAUAUGCCAAAAUUCAGCUUGUUGGUCACUCCGACAUCAUCUGGGAGUGCUUAUGAACGGUGGAAUCCCACAACAUUUUACGCGGUCAGAUUCGACUACGACGUCGGGAUUCAAUAGGAAAAAGCCUAAGGCAAAAUAGUUAGUGCGACGUGGAACUUCAAAUGCUGCUUUGCCACUUGUCUUUAAAUAAUGUUAACCAAGUACAAUCGCAAACAACGAGUUGGAAAGCUUUUUCAGGUAUCAAUGAACAAAAGAAUAUGUUCGAAAUCUGCACCUGCCGCCGGUCAGCGAGUACUUGUUUCUACCAGACUGUCCUUGAUCCUUUGAAGGUUCGAACUAUUUCUAGAAACACUUCGCAAGCAUUUUAUUUCACUAUUUCAUUUGCUGCUUUUAAAAACGGUGUAUAUGAAAUAUAGUAGGAUUAGUUGAUAAUCGUAUUUAAGCGCAGGGUACUACCACCGUUCGCUUAGUUGUGGGCAAAAUCUAGAUUAAUAUCAGAUACUUAGCGUAUAUACAAUGGAAUGCUAUCAUUGUAUUAUCGAAUAUAAAUGUAUGUAGUGUCCGUUGCACAAAAAGCAUGCUUUGAGUUGACUGUCAACUCUAGCGUGACAGGAAAGUUUAAAUGGCAGCAAAUGCUUUCUAGACACUAGUGCUCUUUGCCAUUGAUGAAAAGGUUUUUGCUUACCUAGGAUUUGGGUAUAUUAUACUUCGUUGAAGGACAAAUAGGUGCCUGUAGUGCAAAAACCUACCUAAGCUUUUGCUCACGAUUAUAUUAUAAAGGGGCGCUACUGUGAGCAUAUCUGUUAACUGUUACUAAAUCGUUUCUAAUGUGUGUACCACAACAAAAUAUCGGUAUAGCAUAUCGAUGCAUACUUUGAAGUUUCAUUGAUAUCCGAAGGUCACUUCAAGCCAAAUGCUGGUAGCACACGGACAUGUAAUAUUACUCAUGUUUAAUAAAUAAACUGUAGUUCAAGGUAGAGAGCCUUAUUGGGGACGUUCGUGACGUCGACGUCACGUAAAUAAUAUCGAACGCAUGCAAUUUAAAGUGUAAGAAUAGAACUGUAAACUCUGUAAUGCCAAAUGAAUUACUGAAUGAAUGCUUUUGUUUUACUUUACCAAAACAAAGAUAUUUUUACUUAAGCAAUGAGCCAAGAGACAGCUUUUCAACUUCUGCAAUUAGAAUACUAUUUUAUAAUAUUGGCGGAGAACCAUGCUGUAAUUUUUUGGCGGUUUACGCUAGUAAAAUCAUAUUAAAGAUGCGCAAUCACUUAUUACUACCAUUACCAUUAUUUUACAAUUAUUUAAUUAACCAGUUCGAAUUUCGUUGGCGCUGAUGCAAUAACGAGAAACUGUGAAGUGAUCUAAAUGACAUUUACAUAUGCGGCCACAUAUUAAAGGUCAAGAACUUUCUGCGUA